GUUGCACCAUGACCUCGACAUACACACCUUCUGUGUGCUGCCCUCAGAUUCCCGCGGAAACAGCGUUUGACUUGAUCGAAUGCGGUGGCUGUGCUUUUACUACGGAGACGGUGCCACUGAACUGCUUGAUGCCUUGCACAGUGUCACCGACUGUCGAUUUGGCUUUGACGACGACUAUUACGGAGUGUGAUCAGACUAUCAGCUUGACGGAUCCCGUUACGAAGAUGUAAAAGAAUGAAGGAAAAUGACUUGUGAUUACAUUUCAAAAUGUGCUUGCAGGGGGGAAGGGAGUUGGGACGUGUGAAAGGGCUUUGCUCAUGAUGAAGUAUGUGAACUGUCGACAGUGCAAUCUGUGGACAAUUUUUGCAACAUGGCGAAGCGCUGAAUCAAUGAGAAAGAAGAAGAUGCCGAACCUCCUCAAGGUGAUAUCAAGAGAGAUUUGCC